CGUAGUAGGCGGAGGCAAGAAGCCACACGCACACACUGGAGGGAACCCCAUCAGCUGUGUAAAGCAACACAGGCUGAAUUUACUUUUUAUUUUUCAUCCGAAAACACUCUUCAUCGCAUUCACCGUUUCCGAGGCUGUGUCGGUGGAUUAUGCAGCGCUGAGGAGCGAAGAGGAGGAAAGAAAGCCGCGGGUUUAAGCGAGAGGAGCGAGUGGAGGGAGAAGAAAACAAGAAAACACGGGACUCCAGAAGCAUGGAAUAUUUCAUGAUGCCGACUGAGAAGAUUUCGUCCUUACAGCAGUUCAAGAAGACGGAGAAGGAUGUGAUCGGGGGUCUGUGCAGCCUGGCCAACAUCCCCCUGAGUCCGGAGACGGCCCAGGACCAGGAGAGGCGAAUCCGGCGUGAAAUCGCAAACAGCAACGAGCGCCGGCGCAUGCAGAGCAUCAACGCUGGAUUCCAGUCCCUGAAAACACUCCUGCCACACACAGACGGCGAGAAGCUCAGCAAGGCGGCCAUCUUGCAGCAGACGGCGGACUACAUCUUCACCCUGGAGCAGGAGAAGACGCAGCUCCUGGCGCAGAACAACCAGCUGAAGCGCUUCAUCCAGGAGUUCAACGGCUCGUCGCCCAAGAGGAGGCGGGCGGAGGAGAAGGAUGAAGGGAUCGGGUCUCCGGACACGCUGGAGGAGGAGAAGGUGGAGGAGCUGAGGAGGGAGAUGCUGGAGCUGCGGCAGCAACUGGACAAGGAGCGCUCGGCUCGGAUGCAGCUGGAGGACCAGGUGCGUUCUCUGGACACCCAGCUCUACCCGGAGCGUCUGAAGGUGAUCACCCAGCAGGUGGAGGAGGAGCAGGCGCUCAUCCAGAGCCAGACGCUUUUACGGCUUCAGCAGAUCCACGCCGCUGACCGGCAAACACACAGUCCACAGGUGCUGGCUCCGCCCACUCCUCCCGCCCCCACCCACCACCCCACGGUCAUCGUCCCGGCUCCGGCGCUCACCCAGCACGCUCACCACCACGUCACCGUGGUGACCAUGAGCCCGUCUGUCCACAGCAGCACCGUGUCCACGUCCAGGCAGAACCUGGACACCAUCGUUCAGGCCAUCCAGCACAUCGAGCGCACUCAGGAGAGAAGAGCCAGCGCCGAGGAGGAGCAGAGACGAGCCGUCAUCGUUAGCCCCGCCCACGUCGCCAUGGACACCGCCUGCUCGGACACAGACACGGACACAGAGGGGGAGGACAUGAACUGAGCCGGCCGAGCCCAGGAACUCACCGUCAACACAGAAACACUUAGAAAACCUUCUCACUGUAAGAUUCCCUCCAGGAGCUUUGACUACUUCUCACUUAAAAAAUAUAAAAAAAACAAACAAAAAGCAUCUUUCUUUGGCAUUAUCCAAACUAAAUCCAGUGGUUAAGCUCUGUCAGUCUCGUACUGUAAGAUCUCUGAAUAUUGAAAACAUAGGAUGGUCAGACGAGGCUGUUUUUUUUUUUUUUUUUUUAAUAUCAGAGCUGGUCUGUGGCUACUUGAAACCUUUCAACGGUCUCCUCGUGUUAAAAAAGAAAAAAAGUUAAAAAAAAAAAAAAAAAAGCUGGAAGCGUCUGUCCACCGUUCGUCUCCGUGUGUCACCGGCACGCUGACAGUAUUACAACGAAAUGAUGGAGUCUGUAUAUUGGAGAGUUGAAUGUAAGGAAACACACACACACAAAAACAAG